AUGCGCCGCUAUGGUGGAUGUGCGUUGGCAAGUCUCGAAGGUUCUCAAACAGUUGAGCGUCGCUUCAUCUUCAGCACCUCCGGUUCGCCCGUCGAGAGCUGGGUGUGGUUUGAUGCGCAGGUGUGUGAGAGUCGAUGUGACUUCAUUGGUGACGUCG